AUCACACAGUUCGCUUUCUAGAACAGAAAUAACAUCGUUCGCAUGUUGUGAUAAUCCUAAAAUCAAAAGCAACAAAUUUGAAUUUGGAGCAAAGUACAGAGGAACACAAAAACGGCAAUUGAGAUCAAGUUAUUCGCAGGCAAAGAGUUCAACGAAAGUGUGCAUCAUGUAUCCAUCUAACUUUUACAAGAUGAAAAACUUUGCCAAUCCAAAGACCAUGUUCAAGUCGUGCUCCAACAACGAAGAGUUCUCCACGACGCCAGUGCAAAGCUGCUCACCCACCAAAAAAGCGAAUAAACCGGGCUCAGCGAGUGGCCGCAGCGGCAGUGGCAGCAGCAGCAGCGCUAGUUAUAAGAGCGUCAUGAAUGCAACAUGCUGCAGCGGUGGUAGCAGCGUAUGUUCACCGCUAUCCACACCUCGCUCCGAUUUGAGUGGUUGCACCACAGACGGCGGGUACAUGACUCCAUUGGCGCCCGGAGAUCCAGCUGGUACGGAUACAGUCAGCUUUGGUGUGACUGGCAGUGAAACAGAACAAUUGCCAACGGAGCCGCAUCAUCCUUUAAACAGUGAAUGGACGCUGUGGUAUUUGGAGACAGAUCGCAGUAAGAGCUGGGAGGAGAUGCUGCACGAGGUGGCCAGCUUUAAUACGGUCGAGAACUUCUGGAGCCUCAUAAAUCAUAUAAAGACGCCAUCAGAGAUUAAAAUGGGCAGCGACUAUUGUCUGUUCAAGAAGGGAAUACGCCCAAUGUGGGAGGAUGAAGCCAAUGUGAAGGGCGGACGCUGGGUAAUUACCCUCAACAAAGGGAAUAAAAAUGAUUUGGAUAACUUCUGGCUGGACACAAUGCUUGUUUUAAUCGGCGAAAGCUGUGAAUAUUCGCACGAGCUGUGCGGUGCUGUCGUCAAUAUACGCGGCAAGAACAAUAAAAUCUCCAUUUGGACAGCCAAUGGUGGCAAUGAAGCAGCUGCCCUCGAGAUCGGCGGCAAGCUGCGCGAUGGCCUGCGCAUGGAGAGCGCAUAUGUGCUGCAAUACCAACUACACAAAGACACCAUGGCCAAGCAGGGAUCGUUGGUCAAAACCAUCUAUACGCGUUGACGCAGCGGCCUAGUGCCAUACGUCGACCACAAAAACAAAAAAAUACAACCUUACCCGCACCAAAACAAAUGUAUCACAAACAUAGCACACUUAUAAUGUCCAAUUGGAUGUCAGUCCUUCUAAUCAUCAACUAUCCAUCGAUUAUAAAAAAAAAACACAGCAACUGAAAUGUUCAAUCCACAUCAUCCCAAAAUCGUCAGUCUAACAAGAAGGCUGAUCCCAAAUGACGGCGACUAAAUUCUCAGUCCAUAACCGUAGUUCCGAGUUCAUUUGAAAUUUUUCAGUUGAUAUUCUCAAAAAUAAAGCCCAAAUUGUUAAUUAUCA